AUGUUUCGCUUAAUUAGCAUGUGCACUACUGCCAAAGAUGCAUGGGACACCUUGCAACGUCAUUGUGAGGGUUCGAAGAGUGUUUGUCAAACGAGGCUGCGACUCCUUGCAGCAAAAUUCGAGACAAUUCGGAUGCUCGAAAAUGAGAAUAUCUCGUCAUACACGGCCAAGUUGAUGAAUAUAGCGAAUGAGUGCUACUCUCUUGGAGAACCGAUCUCGAAUGAAAAACUCGUGGCAAAAGUGAUGAGAUCUCUUCCAAAGCGCUUCAAUAUGAUGAUCACGGCGCUUGAUGUCUCGAAGGAUGUGACAGCCAUUAUAUUCGAUGACCUUGUUGGCACUCUCAAGACGUUCGAAAUGAAUCUUGAGGUACAGGAUCUUGAAGAAAAAAGUGCAUCGUUCGGGAAAGGAAAAGGGAUCGCCCUUCAUUCGGUCACUAAAGAUGGUGAUAACUUGGAGAAUCUAGUUCGUGAUAUGAAGGAAAAUGAGUUUGAUGAAGAAGGAGUUGCACACAUGACGAGACGCUUCACAUCUUUGCUAAAGAGAAAAAAUUCUCAAAACAACUCCCAAGCCUCGAGGUCCCGAAUGCCAAGGCCAUUUACUCCACCUCAUUCGAAUCGAUCGCAUCCAAUCGGUGAAAAGGCGAAACUCAAUGAUGGGAGAAAGUUCACUCCAAAGUCACUCGAGACCGUCCAAUGCAAUGCUUGCAAAGGCGGGUGUUCGCGUCACAUGACCGGCACUCGUGAGUUCUUAUCCAAUGUAGAACUUUAUGAAGACACAACAUCUGUAGCGACACGUAUCUCUGACGAGCAAAAUACCGUUUCUGAGGCUGAGACAAGAUCUGAUGAUGAUGUUCCUGAUCAGAGAAAAGUAGUUCGGCAAUCUAAUCCUUUGUCACGAUCCUUUGGUGAGACGAAGAAAGCGGCUCCGAUUGGUUCGUCUCUGUUGAGUUUCGUUUGUCGCUGUCCCAAGAAUCUUGUCGGGUCCUUCUUCGAUGACCGCAGAGAAACACCGUCGGUCGCAGCAACUCGCCGUCUGCCGCUGCCUGGUCGAUUUUCUUGGCGACCGACCCUCCAUGGCGAGGAUGAAUCUCUGCCGGCGAUGCUUGUUCCCACUCCCGCUUCCCGGUCUCUGCUCGCGGCCCACAGCAUUUGA